AUGAACAAGGCGAGCAUAUCUAUAGAGCGUCCAGGACCACAUGUCAUCAUCAUAGACGCACUCGACGAAUGCACCGAUAACGAACUGUUCUCCUCUCCCAUACUCGGUGCUCUACUGGACCAUUUCAAAGCCUUUCGUCAAUUGGGGCUCAAAUUCUUCGUGACCAGCCGCCCUGUGAGUGGGAUCGUCUCCACCUUCAAUAGGGCGGAUACAAGUUCGUAUCGGGAUAUUCUUUACCUUCACGACAUGAAUCCGACGACCGUCGACCGCGACAUCAGAGCAUACGUCACGUAUACUCUUCAGGUCAUGGCGCGAAAUCGCCAGGGCCACGUUCCUCCGUCCUUCCCGGAUGAUGAAGUUGUUGAGUCGAUUGUCAAAGCGUCUGGUCAGCUAUUCAUAUUUGCUGCGACCAUCUGCAAAUUCAUCGCGGACUCCAGCUAUCAGAGUCCUGCUCAUAUUAUGCAUCAAUUCACCACUACUUCUCCGACUACACCCCAUGUAGAAAGGAUCAUCCGCUUCGAGGAGCUCGGUCGCCUGUAUCAGUUGGUCUUUAAGGACGCAUUUCGAGGGGAGGCGGAUCGCAAUAACGAUAGAGCAAAAUCCCGCCUUCGUCUCGUCAUCGCCGCAAUAGUGCUCGUAUUCACCCCUCUUCCGAAGGACGACCUGGCAGAGUUGCUGGGGAGUGAGUAUACACCUUCUGUCAUUCAGAUGCUGCUCACCCAUAUGCAUUCUGUAAUCCAUGUACCAGAGGACGACACCAGACCUAUCCGCCCUCUCCACGCCUCGUUUGGUGACCACAUCACCACAAAGAGGGAAAGCACCACACCUGAUGACAUCAAUGACUAUUUCUACGUACACCCUCCGACGUAUCACGCCUACCUUGCCGACUUCUGCUUUCGCGUCAUGGAAAACCAUUUGGUACGCGCGAAUAUAUGCGGUCUGCCACGAAACGAGGACUACGUCGCCAUCAGCAAUCUCGCCGAGUGUCGCAAACGGACCCUCACUCGCGCUUUGGAGUAUGCAUGCUGCCAUUGGGGUGACCAUCUGGUAGCCGCUUUGAACGUUGGCGAAACACUGGCAGGAGGAGAGGAACAUAUACAGACCGUGAUAGGUGGAGCCCGGAAAUUCGCCACCGUACGCUUGCUCCGGUGGAUCGACAUUCUUAGCGUCAUACAGGAGUUGGAUAAAGCGGCCCCGAUGUUGAUGAAAGCAAGAGAAUCCCUUACAGUAAGUUAG